AUGAUAGACACUGGAUCUGAAAUAACAUUGGUCAACAGAAAACUAAUAGAAGAAGUUAACUUAACAAAUUUAAUUUACAAAAUACCUAGGGUAAAUUUAGUGGGCGCAAACAAACGGACAUUGGCAACUAUAAAUGAAGGCAUACGAGUAAUGGUACGACUGGGUAAGAAUAUGUAUGCACUACAAUGUGUAAUAAUGCCAAACAUGUCACAUGACAUGAUAGUAGGAGUUGACGAAUUGGCAGAAAAACAUGUAGUGAUAGAUUUUAAAAAUAAUACGAUGAAACUAACAGAAGAAAAAGAAAAAGAACAGGACAAGGAACAUGAGAAACAAAAUACGGACGAAUCAGGUAAAGAACAAACAGUGGAAAUGAAUUUGGCAGCGAAGCAAGGACAAAGAAAAAAAAGGAGAAAAGGUCAGAAAAAGAUAAAAGAAAAUGAAACCUGUGGCUCCUCAAAAGAAGAGUUGAGCCCAGAAGAAGAAAAUUUGGGAGUAUCAGAAACAAAGGAAACCUGGGAUUCCUCAAAAGAAGAGACGAGCUCAGGAGAAGAAGAAAUAAAGCAAAAAAAUGAAAGUGAAAAGAAUAUGAUUGAAACAGUGGUAUUUGAAGAGGAGGUAUAUGCAAACGAGGAUGCAGAAUGCACGGUAAACAUGUGUGAAGAAUCUGAGAAAAAAGACAGAAAAUUGAUAUGUGGAGAAGGGAAAGAAAAGGAAUUGCGGUUGAUGUUAAGAAACUAUGAAAAUUUGAUCAAUGAGGAAAACAGAGUGGCGAAAAAGUACGAACAUUCAUUUGAGGUGAAAAACUUGGGAAAUUUUCGAUCAAAGACUUACCCGAUUCCAUACAAGUAUCGACAAGAGAUUAAAGUAAGGAAAUAUACAGGGAGUUGGUUUUGCCUCGAGAAAAUUUAUUUAAAAAUGCAGAUAAAUUUUAUCGAAUACAAGGCGGGGAUUUGUUAUAUUUCUAUUUGAUAUGAAAAUUAAAAUUUGAUAAUUAUAGACAAAAUUCAAUUUAAUAUAAAAUAUUUUCAAUUUUCUCAACCACGGGCAUAUAAAUUUAGAACAACCUGUAUACAACAAAUUGUUAUAUUUAAUUUUAAGAAGUGAUUAAAUAAGACUCAAGUGAAAUCGAUAAUAGGCCAUUAUCGUUGUUCGCGGAAGGAUCGGUCAUUAGCCGAUGCUAAAUAAGACUAAGUGGAAAUAGAGAAUAGGUCAUUAAAAUUUGUAUAUAGUAGAAAGUAAUUUUAGAAUGGGAAUUAACUAUUUUCUUUGAAAUCCAUUAAGCAUAUUUAGAAAGUUUAAAAAUUGGUUUUGAGGAAUACUGCGAAUGAGAGUUGGUGGUGGAAUUUUGAUUUGUGAAUCUGGAAGGGAUAUUUAGAAAGUAGGGGAAUGAAUGACAAAUAGAGAUCAGAAUGUUUUGAGCUGUCGAGAAGUGAAGUCGAGUAGUAGACGGUAGUGUACGGAGAGUGAGAAAGCCGGUGUAGUUCCGUGAGUGUGGAGUAUCUAUCGUAGAACGAGAGGUAGGCCAGGUUGAGAGUAAAAGAACCUCCUUGAGCCAAGAGUUCCCGGUAGCUGAUUGCAGUUUCGAAAAAGGUAGAACACAGCAUCACGACAGAAGCAGGAAACGAGAGCUAUACGAGCUAGUUUCAGAGGAGAACAUUACUGGAAGCCAGGACGAGGUUUUGAUUGCAGCCAAGGAUAGCAGGAAACGGGUCUUGUGUGAAGACAUUCUCAAUGCACCAGAAAAAGGUCAGUCUCAUUUGUUUGGACAUGAAUGUAUGGGUUUUUCGUAGUAAAUACCACAUUUAAAAUUGAAGAAACAUAAUCAAUAAUAUCAGAAAAGUUUCAUCAAACUUAAAUAGAAUUGUUGCUGAUAAAUCAUAAUAGUUAAAUGUUAAUAAAAACUUUCAAUUGGAAAUCAAAAGGAAAUAAGAUUCCCAUGUGUAAAUGUUAUGUUUAAGAAUAAUAAGAUAUAGCAAAUAUUAAGCAGUGAUUGCCAUUUAAAUAAAAUAAACAAUAUUUUGAUUACAAUUGUAACCCAUAUGUGUUAUUAUUUUACUCUUUUCUUUCCUAUCCCGAUUAGGAACCAUUAAGAAAUAUUUAGAAGCCACGUAUGUAAGUAAUGAAUUUUAUAAAAAGCCCUGAGAUUGAAAACAUAUUGAUAUGUGAUCUGGUAAAUUAA